AUGGCUACCUGGUCUGCUCUCCCGAAAUCUAUCUUGAUCGUGGUAAUGAAAAAACUAAUAAAUCUUUCUGACAAAAUCAGAUUCAGCAGUGUUUGUUCAUCAUGGAGAUCAGUCGCUCUCCAGGAACGCUUCCAGCUCCUCCGUUGCGCACCUCCAGGCUUCAUAAUUCCCGGCUCUCCGAAUAACUCAUGCAAGGCACGCUGCUUUUUACCCUUUACAAAGAUCAAGCUCUGCAACGAUGGUGAUACCCUUGUCCACAAUAACUUACCUCUGCUUUCACUUCCAGAUAAGAGUCAGUGUUGCGGGUCUUACCAGGGAUGGCUCGUGAUGGUGAACCCCAACCUAGACAUGGCCAUGGUAGACCUGGUUUCAGGUGUUAGAUUCAGACUCCCUGGUGUCACGACUCUCCCUCCAGUACCUCAAGCUUUAGCCUUGUCAAAGACUCAUGUGUUUUACUCCAUUUCCUCUGUGAACAAGGCUUUCAUCUCCUCGAGCCCUACCUGCAGUGUCCCUUCCAAGUGCUUUUUCUUUGUUAUAUAUACUCGCCAUCAUGCCUUGGCCUAUUGCAAACUAGGAGACACAACCUGGAGCCCCUUAAAAUCUACAGAUUCAGUUGGCAAACCGUUUAAUGGUUUUACAGAUGCCAUAUAUCACAAAGGACAGCUGUAUGCGUUGCAUGAAACCGAAAAAAUCUUUACCUGUGAGCUCACUGCCCCUUCUCCAGAGAUGACUGAGUUCUUAGCCAGUCCACACAGAUUUAUUAACAAGCAGUGCUCUAAGGAAGUCUGCUACCUCGUCGAAUCAGGAGGAGAGUUACUGCUUGUGUACCGCAGGAAAGAUAACACUCGCACCAGAAUAGGUUACAGAACAAGGAUGUUCGAAGUAUACAGAUUAGAUUUCAGUCUGAAGAAAUGGAUUCCAGUAGUAAGUUUGGGUGAAUAUGCCCUGUUUUUGGGGCGUAGUCAGUCUUUCUCACUAUCUGAGUUGAAAGUGGGAGGCAUUAAAAGGAACCACAUAUAUUUCAUGGAUGAUUGUAUUCAUGCUGAUCACUAUUACAAGAAGGACACAGGAUAUGACAUGGGGGAGUUCAAUUUGGAGAGCUCAACCAUUGAUUUCUACCCUACCAGCUUCAGGCUACCUUAUCAACCUGGGUUUUGGGUCACUCCAGCACUGCAAUCAAGUCUUACCUUAGGCUACAAAUCCUUUGAUCUAUAUCUUUCGAGGAAUUUUGAUUCUUCAUGA